AUAUAAUGGCAGAGCUCUGCCUGCUUAUUACACCUUAGAUACGACUCAAGGCGGCUUGGACACAUUUCUGCAACAAAAUUACGCACAGUUUGAGGCGAGAUUUCAUCUAUUUUCAGCCAAAGGCAGCAGCAAUGAAGACUACUUUUGCAACUGUGACUCUGUGCCUGGUGCUGGUGAUGGCCACGGCGUUUCCCUUUGAGAGGAAAGGAGCGUCUUCUCCUCCCAAGGAGAAGCGCGUCCAGUACGCGGCGUGGGAUGAUGUGAACGUCCUCGCCCACGGCCUGCUGCAGCUGGGCCAGGGGCUGAAGGAGCAUGUGGACAAAACCAAGCUGCAGAUGAGGGACGUGUUCACCAAGCUCAAGGUGUUCAACCGCACGGUGACGGAGCUGGGGCAGGAGAGCCGGCGGGUGCGGGCGGAGGGGGAAGCGCUGAGGGCGCGGGCCCGCGGGCUGGAGGACCGGGAGGGCUCGCUGCUCAAUGUCACGGCCGAGCUCAGGGAAAAGGCGGAGGAGAUGCGGCAGGAGAGGAGGACGAUGAGUGAGAGGAUGAGCCGGCUGGAGGAGAGGGUGGACAGCAUGCUGCAGGGGGACGCGGUGCUGCCGGACAUGAACGCCGCGGCCAGCAACUUCAGCGAUGCGCGCAACAUCCAGCUCCUGCUGGAAGCUCAGAGCAGACGCGUGGAUGACCUGAUGGAGCGCAUCAGACUCCAGCAGGAGAAGCUGGAUAAACAGAAUGUGCGCAUCAGGACACUGCAGAGUCAAGUGCAGCAGUCCAGACAGAGAUCCUCCUCCGUGCGCACUGGCGGCGAGGGCGCGCAGGAGAGAGCAGAGGAGCAGGGUGACUCGCCUAUAGUGAUGGCAGUGGACUGUCAUGAACUAUUCCUGAGAGGAGAGACCACCAGCGCGGUCUACACCAUCCAGCCGCUGAACUCCGAGCCCUUUGAAGUCUUCUGUGAGAUGACAACUGAUGGUGGAUGGACAGUCAUCCAAAGGCGCCAAGAUGGCUCGGUGGACUUUGACCGGCUGUGGCCGGCUUAUGAGAAAGGCUUUGGCAACCUGAAUGGAGAAUUCUGGAUGGGGCUUGAAAAAAUCCACUCUAUUGCCAAAGACGGUGGCUACAUCCUCAACAUCAAGCUCUCGGACUGGGGGGAGGACUUGGCAUCCGUAAGCUUUCCUAUCCAGCUUGGAGGAGCAGAAACCAAGUAUUCGCUUCAGAUUCAGGAGGUUGGCACCUUCAGCACCCUGGAGAGCUCCCUGGGGAUGGACGCCGUCUCCGGUCUCCCUUUUACCACACGUGACCAAGACAAUGACCGCAAAGUGGACGUCAACUGUGCCACACACCUCUCUGGUGGCUGGUGGUUCAGUAACUGCGGUCGCUCAAACCUAAACGGUAGAUAUUUCCAGAGCCCUCCUCCCAAGCAGCGGCACCAGCGGAAACAAGGUAUAUUCUGGAAGACCUGGAGAGGCCGCUACUACCCUCUGAAGUCCAGCACGAUGAUGAUCGCCCCCAUCACAAUGAAUCGAUCAUAGAAGCACAAAGAUACAACGACCAAGGUCAAGAACAAAACAAGAGAGAGGGAGGAACCAGAUCCUGGAUGCUCUUUCUUUUUUUACUGUGCAUGAUUUAUGGGGUAAAACGUUCCGUGUCUGUCCAUGAGGAAAACCUCAUACCAGAGCCAAGGUCCUCAUAGCAGAAGUGAAGAGAGAUCACGUUAAAUGAAGAGUGCAGUGGAAAUGUUUCUGUUAUGGCAAUGCAAUUUUCUUGUUUCGGUAUAAAGCCGGAGGCCCUGAUCAAGAGAGCGUCCUAGAGCGAGCCCCAGCUUGUCCACCGUGCUGUGAGGCUUAAGGCAUUUUCCAACUAGUUGUGACUCCUCACCGGGCAGGUGUCAACUAUGUGGGCCGUUACCGAGUUUGCGUGCUGUUUUGUGGGGUUCGGACAACACGUUCAACUCCAAGCAGCCCAACGGUUGCUCCAACUCUGCAGAGGAUGCAUGUAGCAGUGAGUUUAGUCCAACCAGGCAAACCUUUCAAACUCAAAGCUGGGGACCAAAUGGUAACUUAAUUAAGAGUAAUUUUCCUCAAGAUUGUGUUGAGAUUAGUGUUUAAAAACUGUAUGUAGAGUUGUUGUAAACUAAGUUCAGAUACAGACACUGUGUAAACACUGAUAAUAGUGACCAUUCCAGCCUUUUAGACAAUAUACUGUGUUUUCUGUCACCAAUGUUGAAUCACACUAAAACUAUUCUUCGCAGAUUAUAAUUUUCCUGUGGAGAUUCUGAUCAUUUGAAGUCAUAUUGACUCUUGAGAAGCAUCAUUUUGUAAAUAAUAUGUUUCAGAAAUAUAUUUGUUACUGAUUUGGUGUAAAAUAAUCUUUUUCAUUGUUAUUGUAGAUGUUCUAUUAUUUAAAAAUAUACUUUUGCUGCUUUGUGUUGAUAAUUUAUAAUGUUUUUUUAUUGUCUGUUAUUUUUUUAAAGAAGAAAAUAAAUGACUAUUUUGGCCAUAAUGGGCCAAUUAAACAGA